GAAAUUCCCUUAUCUUGACAACUCAGAGAAAAAUCUAAUCAAAACAAAAUAUAAUUUGAUUUUAUAGCAAGUUAAAUAUUCUAUUUAACUUUUAGGAGUUGUAAUAUUUUUUGGGAUUAACUUGGAACCUUUUGGCUAUUUUAAACACACAAUGCCACGUAAUAAUGCAUAUAAAAGGUUCCAUGCGACAUGAAUUUUGGUAAGCCUCUGAUUUGUUAUUGCAACCUUUUUAUUUACAUCUACAAGAAAGUAGAUUAAGGAUGAAUGUUCAACUUUAUUUUGGCGUUGUCAUGCUAAUCAUUUGCGUAGAGUCAUGUGAGAAGUACCUAAGAGAUGGCCUGAGGAAGAAGAACAUCUGUCCUCACGUUUCUCUGUUUGCCAACUGUCUGGUGUCUAGUCACAGGUCUAUGGGAUCACCAUUUGGAGAAAGCGUGGACAAGAGUAUUGGUGUAGCAGUGCGAAAUACCGUCAAGCAGCUGUGUCUCAAGGACUGCCCAGUGGUCAUCUCCACCUUAACCACACCAAUAGAAGACUUAGAGGACACAGGCAACAAGCUCAAAGUCUGCGCCUUUGACAUCAUCGUGAAAGUCGGCGCCAAGAAGAAGAAAGUCUGCGAGCAGAUUGAGGAAAUGGUCAAGUGCGUCCUUUUAUCUGCUACAGAGGACUCCUACAUGUUGACUAGAGAAGUGCUGGAUGUAUCAGCUUACAUCAUGACUGAAACUUUGAGAACUGCCAUGGGAGUCAAAUGUAACAACCCGAGACUCGUGCUAAAUCUUCGGGAAAAGUGCCUCGCACUUAUACAACGGUCUAAGCACUGACUUUCUUCAAGCAGAACUUAGAAGAGAAUUAACAUUAUUAGAUUUUUAUAAAAUGAAAGAAAACCCACAAAUAGCAAGCUUUAAGGUGUAUACCGUGUGCAGAUGAAAGAACUAUUGAUACACUAUAUAUUUUAACAGCGAUCUAACAAUGUGUGAGCAAUUAACAAAUCCAAAUUUAGACGAAGAGAAGAUUAAUGUGAUGCAACUAGUCAGAGAAGCUCCAAUACAAAAUGACAAUGUUAUUCAAACUUUUGAACUAAGAUCUCAAUCAUGACCAUCAUUAUCAUCAAUAUUUUACAUGAUGUUCAGGGAAAAAAGUGUAAGUUUAUCAAGUUGUAUUUCUGGUUGUGAGCAAAUUAAAAAAAGAACAUUUUGACUGAAAAAUACCGAACAUUCCAUUUGAAUUCUUGCAGUUUUAGUUCUCUACGUUGUAUCAUUAAACAAUGUGAAUGUGUCAAUUAUCUAUACAGGGAAAGAAUCAAGUUUCAAAAUAGAUCUCAGAAUUUAAAGAAAAUGGGAUUACUGGCCUUUUAAAAUUGAUAAGUUCAAAUCAUAGACUAUAUAUAUAUAGUUUAUGGUUCAAAUACAUUUUCAGCGCAUUAAGCACAUACUUUUUACGGCAUUAAAUCCUUAAUAUUUUAAAAAUGUAGCAGAGUAACGACAGUGCUAAGAUUCUUUACGACUUCAUCUAAAUAAGUUGUAGGCCAUAGACUUGUAGGCCUAUAUAGGGCCUACUAUAGGCCUUGAAAUGACUUAGGAUUUAGGAUGCUAAGACUAUUUAUGACUUCAUCUAAAUAAGCUAAGGGCCGUGAAAUGACUUAGGAUGCUAAGACUAUUUAUGACUUCAUCUAAGUAAGCUGCCUGGUCGUGUGGUUUGCGCGCUGGACUGUCGUUCAGAUUUAUCGAUGGUCCCGGGUUCAAACCCUGCCCGCUACCAUCCCCCAUCGUCCUACGGGAGGUUUGGACUAGGAAGUAAUUAUCUUCAACUCUGAAGGAACAUAAGAAACAUGUAAAACAAGCUGUAGGCCGUAAAAUGACUUAGGAUGCUGAUGCUUAGAAAAAUGAUAUAGUAAAAAUUAAAGUCUUAUUUUGUUUUAAUUUCCUUUGUAAAUGAAACACAAUUAACUACUUAAAAAAAACAAGCAUUUAGUUUUCACAAUAUCUAAAUCGAUAGAUUAGAAAAAAAAUAUAUAUUACAACAUUUCUCCAUUUUACGAUUAAGCCUACUUUUAAUUAUUUGAAGAUAUUCAAAAUCAAAAUACGAUAAACACCCAGACUGUAAAUAUACUUAGAUUUAAAACUGAAAUAAAUAUUAGAUUGGAUUGCACUGUCUUAUAGAAACAUUCACAGAUAAAUAGUGUGUUGUAUUGCACUAACCAUGCCAUAGUCUCAUUGCCAGUUAAGUAGCAAAUACGUUUUCUUUUUAUACAAUUCAAUCCUUUCCUCUUUGUUUUCUGCACUUCUAAUGUCUCUCGGUGUCAGUUUGUAACCUAUCUUUAUUGAAAUUAUUUUCUUGUUUCCUAUGCCUUUUUUUUUUUAGUUAUUGUAUUUAUUAUAACAUUUACGUGAUACUUAUUUUCAAAUAAUAAAUGUUUGUAAUUUUCUUAAUUUAUUAGAAAAAAAAAGUUGAAUCCAUGGUUUAUAAUCUCCUAUUUUUUAGUAUCUUGAUUCUGUCUAUGUUAUACAUUUUGUAUGUCUCUAUAUCCAGGGACGAAAGAGAUCAAAAUAUAUACGAAUUUUUUUUUCUAGCAUUUUUACAGCUAACACUUUAAAUCUUAUGUUGGCUGGCAACGCUGUCGUGAUUAUAAAGUGUCCGCUAGCAUGCUCGGAAUAUGUAAAUGCAUCUCCGAAUUUACGGCAGUGCUUCUACCAAUGAUUUUACUUUCCACAAACUCAAAAAUAUACUUUUUUUUUUAAAACUAAAAUAUGCUAAUUUUGAUUUUUUUUUCUUCUAAAAUAUGGCAUGCUUUUAGAUAUAAGUAUUAUUAUUUAUAAGUGGACUUUUAUUAAAGCAAUUAAAAAGUGUAGGGGCCUCCACUAAAAUCCUGCCUUAAAUGCGGCCGUGUUUAAGCAAAUAGAUGAACUUCUAGUUUAAUAAAAAUAAAAUUGAAAUAAUGAUUUCCCAUGAGAAAUGUGCCUAUUUUUUUAAAAACUGAAUAUUGAGUUAAAAGGAGAUAUCGUUUCCAUCAAGUUCUUUUGUAGGCUACUAUAUAUAUAAUGAUGUUUGAUCCACAUACACAUAUACAUGUUUAUAUUACAUGUGGUUUGAUCUAUCUUGAUUUUGUUACCAUGAAUUAUAAGAAUUGUCACGCCUACUUCAUAAUCUUAUGUUCACAAUCGCUGUACUUACAAGUUUGUUUUUCUAUUUGACGUGUUUUUAUAGUUAUCUUAUUGACGUGUUUCUAUAGUUAUCUUAUUUCUCAGUAACUCUGCAAGAUCACAGUAGCUUUAACAGUAAUGUUACAUGUCCAUUUUUGUUGCCUUCAUAUGUUUUCCUAUAAAUUACAGACGCUUUUUCUAAAUUGUUUAUUGAUAUUUGUUUGUGAUAGCUAAAUAAAUAUAGAUCUAUGUCUUCCAAAGAUAUUUUAAAAUAAAAAUGUUACUAGAAUGCUGUUAGAAAAUGAAUGAAUGAGUUUAAUCGAAAUAAAUAACUUUAAUGUUAACAGCCACUUGUCAAAGAGUUGAACUUUGACUGAAAAUAUUUAUAAUAAAAUGAAAUAAUUUUUU